UACACAACAGGUUUGUUGUCAGUUAGAGAUUUUAAAGGAGCCGCUGCGCGCGUUCGCGUUGCCGAGGAACCGACUGUGGAGAACCAUCGAUAUUGGAUCGAUUAUCAUGAAUGAUAGUGUUUAUUAAUUUCAGUAAUCAUGUCUGUGAGUAAAGAGGAGAGUUUGUCCCCGGAUGAGAUGCGACAGAAACUCUACCAGACCUUCAAGAGCCGCGGGCUGCUGGACACCCUGAAGACGCAUCUGCGUAAUCAGCUGAUCCAGGACCUGCAGCGGCCGAGAGGAGACGCUGCUCCUCACACACACUCGGUGUCGGUCACUGCGUGCAACAGUGUGGUCGCGGAUCAUCUGCGGAGCGCUGGAUACGAGUACACACUCUCCGUCUUCCUCCCCGAGUGCGGGAUGAGCCGAGACACGGUGUUCUCCAGCCGAGACGUUCUGCAGCUCCUGAAGAUCAGUCCUCACACGCCGUUAUACAGAGCUCUGGUUUCAGAUAUCCAGUCGGGACAGACGGGUUUCCUGAUGAGCCUCUUCACGGAGCUGACGGACCGGCACACUUACAGAAACUGCUGUGACACGUCGACCCAAACCACCUCUAUAUCUGCGCAUAAGGAGUCUCUGGUUGAGAAGAUGCAGCUGAUCGACGAGGAGUAUGAAGUGCUCCGUCACAGAGGAGAGCGCUGGCCGUCAAUCGAGGCGAAGCUUGCGGAGUUUAGGAAGGAGAUCCAGGAGCAGGCACAGCUCGAGCUCAACGCAAAGAUGCAGCACUUCAUGGAGGUGGAGAUGGCGAAGGUGAAGCGCGAGGAGAAAGAGGCUUCUCGAAGAGAGAUCCUGGAGCUGAGACGAGACAUGGAGAGAACGCAUGAGCUGAAGUCUGAGGCUCUGAUGAGUCGAGAGAAGAACGCCAUCGAGCGAUUACACCGACAACAGGAGACAGAGGAAAAGGAUCUUUAUGCUCAGAGACAAGCUGUGCUGAGAGAGAUGGAGUGUGUGCGCAGCGGAGAGAUGCAGCUGAAGCUCCGGAUCCAGGCCUUCGACAAAAGCUGUAAGCUGCAGGAGGAGAAGCAGAAGAGCGUGGAGGAUCUCCUGAGGAGGAGAGAGCUGUGUGUGAAGAGCCUGGAAGACUCAUUCCAGCAGAGACUGAAGAGCGAGAUCCUGAAAUAUCAGCUGGAGCUGAAGGAGGAUUACACCAGGAGAACGGACACACUCACAGAACAAGAGGAAAGGAUUCAAGCAGAAACGCUUCGUCUGCAGAAGGAAUCUGCUAAUAUCGGUGCAAAAGCAGAAGAGCACGAGAGACGCGUAUCAGAAGUCGAGCGUCUGCAGAUGGAGCUGGAGUCGGGCCGAUCGCAGGCGUCUCUCCUGACCCGAGAGAACGAGCUGAUGCGAGAGAAACUGGACAACAUGAGGGAUUAUUCAGCGCUGAAGAAGGAAACACACGAACUGCAGACUCACAUCAGACUGAUGAAACUCCAGCUGGAGGAGAAACAGCAGGAGAACCUGCGACUCACACAAGAGCGCAGGGGCCCGUCUGAGCAGGAGCUGCUUCUGCAGGCUGAGAUGCGGAGACUGGAGAACACACGAGCGCUGGACCAGCAGGAGUUCGAGACGCAGAGAGGCGUCCUGCACACACAGCUCCAGCACGAGGCUCAGCAGUGUGUGCUGUUGAAGGCUCAGCUGCAGGAGUGUGAGGAACGCACCGCGUGGAUGAACGCUCACACACACCAGCUCCAGCUCCAGCUCCAGCUCCAGCUCCAGCUCCAGCACACACAGCAAGCUCUGGAGAACGAGGUCCUUCGAAAGCCUUCGCUGUUAGAGCGCUCCGUUCUCAGUGUGACCCCUGACGUGUACGCAGACUCCGCCUGGAAGCCCAGGGCCGCGUGUGCCGCCGAUGUGCCUGAAGCAGGGGCCCUCAGGGGCCGGUGGACUCGCGUCGAGGGCCCGGAACACGAGCACGACUCGGGCCUGGUGACCGGCGCUCUGGCCCGGAUCCGGGAGCUGGAGCUGGAGGCCGAGCGACUCGAGGAGGCGUACAGGAGCCAUCAGAACAGGGGUCCCAGAACCUGUGGAGUGAGUUUGGGUCCCGUGGAGAGACUGAGCAGAAGCCCUUCCCCGAGAGAGAGAGCCCCGCUGAGACGCCUCUCUCCUGCAGGGUCCCGGAGCGAACGCAGAGCCGAGGGCCGGGACGAGCAAGAGCGGAGUAGGAUCUCUGACAGCAGGCGAGCUCCACUGGUGUUUGCAGAGAGAGAGAGAGAGAUCUCCCCGAUCCCUGCUGGAGAAAUGAGCUCAUCCAGAGACUUCACACACACACACCUCAGUCCCAGCAGCCCCAGGAUGAAGAGCACCACACGCCACAGCUGCAGUCCUCCCAAACUGCAGGAAAUCAUAUCCAGCUCAUCCCAGGAGUCGUCUCCUCAACCGGAGAAGAUCACGCUUCACGAUCUCACCGACCCCGUUCAACUUGUGUCCACCGAUCAGGAGUGUUUCCUCGAGAGACUCCAGGAUCAUCAGGAUGUUCAGUCAUCAUCAUCAUCGUCAUCCGUCGUAAGGAGAGACCGGCGUGAGGAAGAGGAGGAGCGCUGGGAGGAGGAGAGGAAGAGUAAAGAGGAGAAGAGAUGGAGGGAGAGAGAGGAGGCACAGGAGAGAGAGGAGAGAGAGAUGGAGAGACUCGAGCAGGAGACGGAGGAUCAAGAUGAGAAACAAGCAGAAGACGAGAGAGAAGGUCACGUGACAUUAGCGACCUCAGCGAUUGGAGGAGAGGCUGAUGUGGCCAAUCCGCUUCAGAAGUACAUGAUGAUGCUCAUGCAGGAUCAGAGUCCAAAGAAAGAGGCAUCAGAAAAGCAAAGUCAAGAGGAGGUUCUCCCGUCGGUCAGCGACGAGCACAGCGCCGGCGUGACGUCACACACCGAGCCGGACGACGACUUCUGGUGAAACACAGCCAGC